UUACCCCUGAAAAUGGAUGCCUCCCCUGACUUGGUCAGGAGGACCUCUCAGCUGCUGAGAUCACCUCCUGUGGUGCUGAAACCACCAGAGAGCGUGACAAAUGAGAGCCUUGGCAACUUGGCAGCCAUGAGUCCACUGAACAUUGACUUAUUCCUAGAAAAUCCAUGUAUUUCGAGGCGAAGCUUCCAAACCAACACCAUUUCAAGGGACAUCAACACAGCAGCCAUAUUCAUAAGGACUGGGGCUGCCACAGUAGGGGUGGCUGGCUCUGGGGCUGGAAUUGGCUCUGUGUUUGUGAGCCUCAUCAUUGGUUAUGCCAGGAACCCUUCUCUGAAGCCACAGCUAUUCUCCUACACCACUCUAGGCUUUGCUCUCUCAGAGGCCAAGGGGCUCUCUUGCCUGAUAGUAGUUUUUCUCAUCCUUUUUGUCAUGUGA